AUGUAUGUUGGUAUCAAUGGGUUUGUAAAUGUUUAUGACAAAAUUUUACACCGAUGUAGCUCGCAUUCGUCAUGCCAAUUAGUGAUAUUUGUUUCGUGUUUGAAUAUUGACGCGUUAUGUGCGUCGAAGAUGUUGUCUAGUUUAUUCAGAAAGCAGCUAGUUCAGUCCCAAUUGGUGCCGGUAUUCGGAUAUUCAGAAUUGAAGGAACAUUUCCAGCGUUUGGAUGAGAACAUCAAUAGUGUAAUAUUUGUAGGAUGUGGUGGUAUGAUUGAUCUUGAAUCGUUUUUGGAGAUCGACGCAGAAGAUAAUAGUAUUCCCACCGAAACGGAUACAAACAAGGAGACCGAGGCACAGCGAUUCAAGAGGGAGAUAUAUGUCUUAGAUUGCCACAGGCCGUGGAAUUUGGAUAAUUUAUUCGGGUCCCAGUAUAUAACGUGUUUUGACGAUGGGACAGUAGAAGAGUCGUUGAAGACCCAAAAAGAUGCAUAUUACCGACUUAUAGAAAUAGAAAAUGAACUUGGAGAAGAGCUCGAUGAUGACGAUGACGAUUUAGAUGAUCAAGAAGAUCAGGUGGCUCAGAAAAGUAAUGAAAAUGAGAAUGAGGGGGAUAACGAAGAAGAUGAUGAUGAUGAUGAGACGAUACUGAGGAAAAGGUCGAGUGAAGAAUUAGAUGAGCGCAAGGUACGCAAGCAGCAAAAGAGGGAAUUCCAUGAGUUAGAAAAACUACUACAAGAAUAUUACUCUCAAGGUUCUACUGUGCUGAACUCCCUUUCUGUUCAGAUAUAUUCGCUUUUGUCUGGUAUUGGUGAGACCAACUUAGAUUAUCUGUGGUUAUGUAUCCUGGGAGUCACUUCGCUCGAUAACUCGUACCCACUUGUCUACAAUAGGCUAGUGCCUCUACUAAAAGAUGAGGUGAAGAGACUGACUCCGAGUGAGAAGACAAAGACACCAGACUCAUUAAACCUAGAAAUCAGACCUGAUUACAGUCUAUUUCUUUUAAGGCAUACCUCUCUUUACGACAGUUUCUACUACUCGACAUUUGUAAAUGCAAAACUCUCGUUAUGGAAUGAAAAUGGUAAAAAAAGGCUGCACAAGAUGUUCGCACGUAUGGGUAUCCCACUGACUAUUGCUCAAGAGAACUGGAUUUACAUGGAUAACAGUUUUAAAAGAGAUUUGAGUGUAUUAUUUGAUAAGAAUUUGGAUCGGUAUGGGCUCCAAGAUAUAGUGAGAGAUGGAUUCCUGAGAACCUUUGGUUAUAGAGGCUCAAUUAGUGCGAGUGAGUUUGUUGAAUCCAUCACUGCUCUCCUAGAGGUCGGGGAUGGGUCAAAUGCCUUGGAAAAUUCUAUCAUCUCUGGAGUGUCCCAAGAUAAUGCCGGCAAGAACAAACCCGACGAGGAGAAUCGGGAAUACGAGGAAACGGAAGAGCAGCGUAUUGAUAGAAUAUUGAAAUCAAGACAGAAAAAAUGGGUUUCUAACUUCUGGUGCAGCUGGGACGUGCUGGACAAUAAUAUGGACAUUUUGAACCAAGGAAUUAAGCAUGCCACAUUCCUGCAAAAAAGUGUUUUCGAGACCGGAGUUGCAAUCUUAGAGAAGCGACUUGUAAAACACUUACGGAUUUACAGACUUUGCGUAUUGCAAGAUGGACCCGACCUGCACUUUUACAGAAAUCCAUUGACUUUACUACGGUUGGGUUCAUGGUUGAUCGAGUAUUACGCGGAAAACGACGAGAAACAUCUACUUCCAUUGGUAUUAGCGAGCCUAGAUGAAACAACAGACACCUAUCUUUGUGCAGGUAUAGCACCCCGUUACCCAAGAGGCCUCGAUAUCCUAAAGCAGCAGCAGCACAAGACUCUAAAUAAUUUCACUGUGGCCUUCCAACAGGUCGCUGCUGAGACCGGCGCCAAGGUUAGAAUCGACAACUUCGAGAGCUCCAUUAUCGAGAUCCGGAAAGAAGACUUGCAACCGUUCCUGGAACGGUUGACGUUAAGUGGGUUGAUUUGA